GGUAAUGAAGUCAAUGAGGACCAGUCAUGCCACAGUGCAUGUUUUAUUAAAAAAUUAAUUAUUUUAAAUAAAUAUGUAAUAUCCUUGACAAACCAAAAUCAAUCAUUUAAAUACAUUUCAAAAGCAGGCACGUAAGGUAAACAUAUACUUUGUACCUGAGAAAUACCUGGUCGGAAUUUCUUACCUUUUAAUUGCUUUUGAUUAAUUGAUCUUGGAUUUUAAUACGGAAACAAUAUCAUAUUGAUUCUUCUUUCCUAACUGGAUAUUUUAUCAAUGGAGUUAAACGUGUAAGCUUACAGUCUUAUGACACUCAGGCGUUGUGUGUAGGGAUGAAUAUCAUACCAAAUGUGUCCGUUCAAACAUGUUGGUUUAUAUUAGUGGAGUAUUAUUAUCACUCAGGGUUUAUGAGACUUGAGAUUAAUUUGUGAAAUAAAAAAAUUGAAAAUUCUUAGGGUGGACCGGACAGUUAUAAUAUACGUGGGAGAACUUGAAGAAGUCGUAAAAUAACAACAGAGAUAUUUUACAAUCUAAUAAAACUUCAAUUUUGUUUGUUUGGCUAUUAUGGAAAUUGAUUGAUGUCUCGGGUAUAAAAGUCGAAUGACCGACAAAAAUGCAGAGAUUUACAUUUCAGUUAUCUAUUGGAGGAAGUCGAAUCAUGACGACCAAAGACGUAGGAGACAAUCCGAAGGGUCUGAAAAAGGCUGAUCAGGUCACGAAAGGCGAUGUUAUAAAACUCGAAGAAGAGAUCAUUCCGAAGGCAGAUACAAAAACAAAAGGUUCAGAAAAGACUAUCGAGGAAAAACAAUCUGCCAAAAAUAUGGAAGAAAAACAACCUGCAAAAAAUAUGGAAAAAAAAUCCGAUGAAAAACCUAAAGGCAUUACAAAAGAAGUAGAAGAACAGUUAAUGAAAAGUUAUAAAAAUGUGUCUGAUGAAUACAAAAAAUUGCUUAUUAAGUUUUUCAAAGCUGCUGAUACAGAAAAGGUUGGAUAUUUAACUAUUCAAAAGUUUGUUCCCGCUGUGAGAAAGUUAGGUUAUUCUGGAACGGACAGACAUUGCGCUGAAAUAUUUGUUGAUGUAAACACAAAUUUUGACGGAAAAGUAACAAUCCAUGAAUUUAUGUCUGAAAUGACCAAAAGAGACCCAAGAACAAUAAGUGAUGCAGAACUUUUGGAAACCUUCCGGAAGUUUGACGCCAAUAAAGAUGGAUACAUAACAAAGGACGAGCUCGAAAAAACACUGGACGGAAGUAAGAUUCGAUGGACCGAUUUUUUAUUGAAAGAUAUUAUAAAAAAGACAGAUUUUGAUGGUGAUGGCAAAAUAUCAUGGGAUGAAUUUAGAAAAUCUUGUCAGUAUAAACAGAUCAUAGUGUGAACAGGACGGAAUUUUAAUUGAUGUAAUCUAAAGGAAUCAAAAUGAUACUUUGUUCGGAAUCAAGUAUAUAUAAUGUAUAGACGAAAGGUACUCACCAACGUUCCUUAAAGUCAUUUAUAUAAUGUAUUUAUCAAUUUAGGACAAUUCCAUAAUGGAAGUUUGCAUCUUUCAUGAAUGUUAUCCGUAUCAAAAAAGUAUUCAUGCUUUU